AUGGAAGACGGCGCGCUGACUGCUGAAAGUGCUGAGCCAGUUGUGACGGAGACGACGCCUACUGAAGAGGUGCCUGCUACUGACCCAGUGGUAAACGAGGAGGCGGUCGCUGCCGAGGAGUCUACAGCAGCUUCUGAAAAGAUCGACGAAGCCGAAGCUAAGGAAGAGGAAGUAAAUGUUGAGGCCGACAGCAAAGAUGAGCAGACGCAAGAGCCUUCUGCUUCAAAGAACGACGAGGAUGAGAUUAAGCAGGCAGAGUCUGUGGCUGAAAACGUGCAGGACAAGGUAGAGGUACAGGCAUUACCCAUCCGUGCGUACUUGGACCAGACCGUAGUGCCCAUCUUGUUGCAGGGCAUGUCAGCGCUAGUCAAAGAACGUCCGCCGAAUCCAAUUGAAUGGUUGGCUGCCUAUCUCAUUAAAAACAACCCACAGGGUGCUAGUGGUGGCGGCGACUCAAAGUAA